AUGAAAUUCCCCCUCGCUCUUACCUUGGCCAGCCUCGGUGCUGCCGCGCCGUUGGCCGAACGCGGGCCAAGUAUCGUCGUCGGAUACAGAACGGUCAGCAAGCAACAAGCCGCGGAUUACAAGGCUGCUGGCAACACGUUGGUCUACACAGGUUCCCAGAGCUCCGACCAACUCGGCCCUGGAGUGUACAUAAGCCCCAAGCUUGGCGAGUGGCCCGGCCCCGACGACGGCUGGUACUGUGCCAUCCUUGCGGAUUCCACGCCCUGGAACCCGACCAACAAGGCCUGGGUCCCCAAGACGGACAACAAUGGCAAAGCUCUGUGGUGGAAAGCAGGCGAAACAAAUAGAGCCGCGUAUCUGAAGCAAAUCGGCGGUUCUGGUUUUAAGCCAGAAAACACUAUACUGCUGAGCCAGAUUGAAGGAUUCCCGCUCUUGCAGCUCCUGAUUCCCCCGCAGCUCAUCAAGAACCCAAAAGUCUUGAAGACCACGACGCAGUGCGCUGCAAAGACGGACACGGCGGGCGUCAAGGCAAUUGCGGCCCAUGGCAACGUGGACUGGAGCAAGUGGCCGAACGUGAAGGGCACCCCGCAGAAGCCUUAG